AUGCCGAAGCCUCUGCUACGGCACCCAUCCAACCCUGUCCCAGACCAAUGUCCCCGCGCUCCCCUUCCCGACUCCAUACACGAGCUCGCAUCGCGCGUCUUCGGUUCCGGAAAGUCCGGGAACAGGAAAUUUAUAACCGCGCACAAGGGCACUAGAAAUGCCGCGCGGAAAGGCCAGGAUGAGGCGGGGACGACGGGGCAGCGGUUCGUGGCGACGGCGGGGUUCGUGUCGAUCGAGGCGGCGUCUGUGAUGCAGCAGGCGCUGCGAUUGUGGUCCAUGAUGAGUCCCGUGGAGAUCGAACGGCUCAUGACCAGCCUCCAGGACACGGCCCUCAUUCUCUUCGUUUACCACGAUCCCGUGCACCUCUGGACGCUCGCUGGUCUAGAGCUGAUGGAGAGUCUGGAGAAGCUGGCGGAGCGCGUGGCGGCGAUGGGGAUGAAGUGCGAGGAGACGCGGCUGCACGGGCUGGCGUUCUACUUCAACGAGCUGCGCCACCCCGCCACCCAGUUCCCCGCCUUCCGCCUGCAGCCGGGCGAGCAGGAGAGCCUCAUGUGCUACAUGCGGGAGCAGGUGGAGCGAGUGGAGGAGCUGCGGCAGUGCAUGGAGCGAAUCAACACUGUGCGCUCCAGCAUCAAGAAGAUGCAGGGGCUGGUGUCGCAGUCGUCUGCCUCCUCUAACCUGCUGGCUGAGCUCGAAUCCGUCUCAGAGGACUACGAACUCGACGACAACGACGCCCCCCAGCCCAGCAGCAGCAGCAGCACGAGAACCAGCGGCAGCAACACAAGAACCACCACCACCAGCAGCAGCAGCGGCAGUGGGAACAGCUCGCUGCUGCGGGAGAUGAGUGACUCGUUCGAUGAUGCGGUGCUGGGGCAGCUGGGCAUGGCCAGGACCAACCUGCCCUGCGACAUCCCUGGAGGGGAAGAGAUCUUCCGAUUGAUGACUCGACUCACAGAACUGCAGGCGAGGACCCUCUGGGCAGUGGAGCUGGACCACGUUGUCAGGAUCCUCGUGCUAACCAUCUUCAUGAUCCGAGACCGUGUGCUCUCUGUCUUCGGCAUCGAUGCUCAUUCGGAUGAGAGCGUGUCAGAGAACGAGACACUGGGUUCAGCGGGCCUGGCGUUGCGCUAUGCGCGCAUCAUCCUGCUCGCAGAGAAGCUCAUGAAGUACCCCUUCAUGGCUGCUGGCGGCACCACCAGGGACGAGCUGUUUGGCAUGCUGACGAACGAUAUGCGCACCAUCCUAGCAGGCCGCCUGGUCCCAGUCAUGAAGGAGGAGCAGCAGAAGCGCGAGCAGGAGGAGGAGGCUCGGCGCCGAGCCGGCCUCCCCCGAGCCGCCUCCUCAGACUCGGACGAAGACGAGGACGGAUUCGUGUGGCUCGGGAACAAGGGGGGAGCAGCGGGAGGAGGGGGCGCAGCAGGGAAGGGCGGAGGGCAGGCAGGGAAGGGAGGGAAGGACGGAGAAGACGAGGAGGAGGCGGAAGCACCGUGGGAGCGGAAGCUCAAGUGGGGAAUGGAGUUUCUACCCACACUCGCUCGCAACACCAUCACCUUUUCGGAGCUCAAUUCCAUCCGGAAAACGUCUGUCACAUCAAGCAACCACGUGCUGAGAGUUCAAACGCUCUUCCACGCGCAAAAGGACGCCGUCAGUGCCACCCUAAUCGACUCCUUAGAAGGCCUCUCGCUCCUCGUCGCAUCUGAUCCGUCCAAUACCACGCAGAUCCGAUCGAAGAAAGCCGCUGCGCUGGCGGCUGCAAGGGCAGAGAAAGCCCAGGCGAAGUCGGGCGAGCCGCGGCAAGUGCUUGUAACGGGGAUAUUUAAAGCGAAGCGGACGACGAGCUGUAGCCCCACGGACGGGAUUGGCAGCUCGCCGCUGCUGCUCACCCAGUCGUCUCUCUCCUCCUCCCUCCUCUCCUCUUCCUCCUCCUCUGUUGCCCCCUCUGCGUCCCCCUUUAGGUCAUCUUCUGCCUCUGCUGCUGUCCUGGCUGCUGCGAUCGGGGGAGACGGGAGGGACUCUGCUGCAGCUGCUCUGCGGGCGAUAAGAGGAGGGGGAGGGGGAGGAGGGGGGAAAGGAGGGGGGGUUUUGAAAAUGCCUUUUGUUAAAGGAGGUAAGCAGGCGGGCGUUAAGGGUGGUGCUGCAGCGCCUGCUGUGAAAAGCGCUGGUGGUGGGGCUGGUGGUGGGGUUUGUGCGGGGAAGGUUCCAGGAAAGGUGAAGCCGCUGUGGGAAGAGGAUACAGACGAGCAAGACCUCGUGAGAUCCGUUCUGUCGACGUGCCAGGAGGAGAGAGAUGGGGGCGAGAAGAGCGCAGCGGGGAGAAGAGAGCAGGUGCGGGCGAGGGAGACAGGAGGCAGGAUGAUGAUGCGUGGAGGGUCGGAGAAAGAGAGGAAAGGAAAACCUGUGAAACCCUUGUGGGAAGAGGAUACAGACGAUGAGGAUUUAGUGAGGUCUGUGACUCUACCUGUGAGGAAGGACGGGGUUGGGAGCAAGGGAGGGCAGGAGGGGGCCGGAGAGGACGGACGGAAGAAGAAAAUGCUCUGGGAGGAGGAUUCCGAUGAUGAGUCACUGGUUCGCGCGGUAACCGCAUCUGCUACCACCGUUGCUGCAGCUGUUACAGCUGCUGGGGUGGGCGUGGUAACCAGAGGGACUGGGGGGGCUGCAGGUGCUGGUGGGGGAGGGAGAGGUGCAGGUGGGGGGGGUAGAGGUGCUACUGGUGGGGGUAGAGGGGCUGUGGGGGGAGGGAGAGGGGCUGGCGGGGGGCAGAAGAAGGUGCAGCCUCUGUGGGAGGAAGACUCUGAUGAUGAGAGUCUGGUUCGUGCUGUCACCGCUGCUUCUGCUGCCCCUGCCGGUGGCAGUGCUGUGGGCAAUGCUGCUGCGGGGCCCAAUGUUGGCGGCUUGCGCUCGUCGGUGCAGCCGGUGACGCCGCGAGGAGCUCGUAUGCAGCGCUUGGACGCGGCAAAAUGGGCAGACGAGCGAGGGGGGCGGGAAGGGCGAGAGGGGCGAGAGGGGGGGGAGCGGGGAGAUGGGCGGGACGGAAGAGAGGGACGAGAUGGGGGCGACAGGCGAGACGUUCGCAUGCAGCGAUUGGAUGCAGCGAAAUGGGCAGACGGGCGAGAGGGGGGCGGUGGGGCCGGUGGGCGGGAGAGGAGGGACGGGCCUGACGGGCAGGAACGGCGAGACGCUCGCAUGCAGCGAUUGGGCGCGGCGAAAUGGGCAGACGGACGAGACGGAAGAGAUGGGAGAGAUGGGAGAGAUAGGCAAGAGGGGAAAGCAAGUGGAAGAGGGGGAGGGGGAGGGGGAGGGGGAGGGGGGGGAGCAACGGGAGGGAGAGGAGGAGCGAAGGCUCGGCCGUUGUGGGAGGAGAAUGCGGAGGAUGAGGACAUGGUGAGGGCCGUUGCUGUGCCCACCCCCCGCGCUGCCACCCCCCCUCCCCGCUCUGCCACCCCCCCUCCUGUGGUACCAAUAGCCUCUGGUCGGGGAGCGGGAGGGAGGGCGGACGCGGGAAUGGGAGGGAGGGUGGAGGAGAGGGCAGGUAGGAGGGUGGAAGGGAGAGGUGCGGGAAGGGAUGGGAGGAGGGAAGAGGGGGCGGAGGAGGGGAUGGAGGUUGGGAGAAAGGGAAGAGCGGAAUAUAUGCGUUUGGCAGAAGAGGGAGAGGGUUGGGAGGAAGGGGAGGAGGAGUGGGAUGAGGAAGAGGAAUGGGAGGAGGGAGAGGAGGAAUGGGAAGGGGAAGAGGGAGAGGAGGAAUGGGAAGGGGAGGAGGAAGAGGAGGAACAUAAUGAGCCGGCUGUGAGGGCCGCGCAGGUGAGCAGAAAGGAGGGAACGGGCGGGGUCAAGCAGCAAAUGACACCGCAGGAUGAAUGGCAGAGGCGGCAAGCGGAGCAGGAGGCAUGGGAGCAAGAGCAACUGGAGCAGGAAAAGUGGGAGCAGGAGCACCAGAAUGAGCAGCAGAGGCAGGUGCAGAAGCCAAAGCAGCAAGUGACUUGGGACCAGCAUCACUCACAGGAGGACGGUGAGGAGGAAUAUGAAGGAGAGGAGUAUGAAGGAGAGGAGGAGGAGUAUGCAGAAGAGGAGGAAGAAGAGGAAGAGCCGGUGGUGCCUGUCAGAGCCAUGGCCCGAGCAGCCACCGCACCCACAUCUCGCCUCGAUAAAAUGUCCAAGUCAGCGGGUGCUGAUGCUGGGGGGAAGAAGAAGAGCAGUAAGAAGGCUGCGCUGCAUCGGGUGGCAUCUGAAUCCACCACUUCUGACCUCUAUGCACCCAGCCAGAAGGCACGGGGAGCAGGGGGGCUUGCUCCUGGUUUGUAUGAGGGGCCUCAGAAGUCGCCUGGUGUGGGGCGGCAGCAGCGGCAGAUGCAUGUUCACUGGGACGAGAGCGUGGGCGCUGGUAGAGGGGAGCGAGGAGAGAGAGGGGAGAGAUGGGAGGGCGAAGCGGAGGAGGGGCAGUGGCUGGUUGCGGGUUCCGCGUCGGAAUCGGCUGCUUCGGGAAAGGAAGGCAAGAAGGGGAAAGGUGGGAAGAAAGGGACCCAGCAGGGAAAUCCUGAUGGGGAGAAGGGGGAGAGGGCAGCAGGAGAGGGAGGAACAGGAAAGAAGAAGCAAAACGGGGAAGCAAAGAAGGCUGGGAAGAAGGUUUCAAAGAAGGGUGUAGCGCAGCAGGGGGGUGCGGGAGCGGAGGAGGAGGAGGAUGGGCUAGGAAGGACUGUAAGUGCAGCUUCUUCCGCCUCCCGCUCGUCCUCUGGCACAUCCUCAUCGCCUGCUAAGGGCGAGAGGCGGAAAGCGGGGGAGAAGGAGAGCGGGAAGAAGAGUGGGAAGAAGGCGGGGCAGACCGCCCAGCCGCAGGUGGCAGUGUGGGAGGGGGACGAGGAGGAGGAGGGGCUGUUUAGGGCUGGAUCUUCUGCUGCUGCUGCUGCUGCUGGGGGGAAGGAGAAGGCUGGUAAGAAGAAGGAGAGAGACGCGAAGAAGAAGCAGCAGGAGCUGCAGGAGCAGCAGGAGCGGCAGGAGCGGCAGCGGCAGCAGGAGUUGCAGGAAGAGUUGCAGCGGCAGCUGCAACAGGAGAAGCGGCAGCGAGAGGAGGAGGAGGCGGAGGAGGAGCGGCAAUGGCAGCUGCAGCAGCAGUUGCUGCAGCAGCAGGAGCAGGAGAGGCGAAUAGCAGCAGCAGCCAGUAGGAAGGGUCGAGCAGGGGCUGGGAACACAGACCGUGCGUCUUCUCCUGCCUCUGCUUCCCGCUCAUCCCACUCCCCCUCGCCCUCUUCUCGCACUGCCAACACCAGCACUCGCCCUCAAGCAAGCCGCUAUGCAGGCUUGCAAGAAAGGUACGAGGAAGAGGAGGAAGAGGAGGAGGAGGAGGACGAGGAGGAGGAGGAAGAAGAGUAUGAAGAGGAGGUGGAGAGUGAGAGAUACAGAGGGAGGAUGGAGGAAGGGAGUAUAGAUUUCGAUGCCUCUCACCAGGAACUCGCCUUUGGGGCGGGGCAAGGAAGGCAGGAGCAGAGAGGAGUGGUAGGGGGAGGCAGUUUGGACUUUGAUGCUCCCCAGCAUGAGCUGCCCUCUCCCUCUCAAAUGCCAUCCGGAGGGCUGUUUGCGGCACGGCAGCAACAGUGGCAGCAGCAGCAGCAGCGGCAGCAGCAACAACAACAGCCACAGCAGCAGCAGCAGAAGCAGCAGCAGAAGCAGAAGCAACAGCAGCAGGCAGCACCGUCGGCAUCACGAAACCAGUAUUACGAUGACGAGGAUGAAUACGAAGGUAACGCACAUGAUGAGUAUGGUGGUGCUGCUGGUGGCCGGGACAAUGGCAGGGGCGACGGCAGGGGCGGAUGGGACCAUGAUUACGAAUACGAAGAGGAGGAGGAAGUUUUGAAGGGAGAGGAUGAGGAGGAGUGGGACGAGGAGGCGGAAGAGGAACUGUACAGCCAAGGAGCGGGCAGAGAAGCAACGGGAGCAGGUGGAGCCAUUACGUCUCUAUCGCCCUCUGCUGCUGCCUUCUACCUUGCCACUACCUCCUCCUUUGACCACGAAGACCCGGUUGACUCCUCCUCCCCAGACACCUCCUCUGGCUUCCCCCCUCCAAAACCAUCCCCCCGGCAAGCCCCCCGCUCACCCUCCUCUGCUUACGCCUCACUUCCCUCUUCCUCUCCAACCGACGCUGCUCCUGCUGCUGCUGGUGGUGCUGCUGCUGGUGGUGGAGCAGGGAAGAAGGAACGGUCAAAGUCCCCUCUGGCUCGGCUAAAGCGCUCCCUCUCCCCUCUCUCUCGCAGGCACGCCUCCCCUGGUAAAUCAGGAUCAGCAGGUAAUAGCACUGCUGCAGCAGCAGCUGCUGCAGUGGCUGCUGCCGGUGGUAGCAGCAUGGGUUCUUUCUCAGAGCUACAGUCCCAACCGAGCCUGUCGUCAGGGUCGAUCAGCAGCUCGCCGAGCCAGUCCAUGGAUCGGCAAUCCCCGAGCCUGAUGAUGCUGGAUCGGGUCUCCCCAACCAACUCAAUGGAGAGAAGGAACCCGCAGGAGCGGGGUGGUUUGGAUCGGGACCGAGGGUCAAUGGAACGAAAUUCCAUGGAAAGGCGAUUGUUUGACCGCCACUCCUCCUCCCCUUCCCAUGACCGAAUCUGGUCUCCCCGUCACUCCUCUGGGAUGGGUCAACAGCAGCAGCAGGCGGAGGGGUCGGCCUCGCCUGACCUCUCUGCUUCUCCUGACAUUCAUGCAGACGGCAGGUCUAUUGGAAGGGAGGGUGGUUCGAGCUUCCGAUCCUCACUUGCUGCGGUGCUGAUGUCACCUCCGAUCCUGCGCGGCGGCGCCGGGGGCAGCGCCUUCCCAACGUCCAACUCAGCCUCGGAAGCCUCGUCCCGGCACCCGCACAAGGGCGGGAAAGUUCUCCCGAACCUGCUCCGGCUGAACCUGAAAAAAGACAAGGGAGAGGGACAUAGGGAGGGGAGAGAGGGGCGGGAUAAUCAACCCGGCACCCCACCCUCCCCGUUGCUAGAGCAUGUGCUGAAAGGCUAUCCCAUGAGUAACUAUGAUGGAAUACCAAGGGGUUUGUCCGAGGAUUCAUCUGUUCAAAGGUAUGUGAGAGGCGGUGAGGGGAGUGAGGGCAGCAGCAGCGGGCGGCUGAGUGGGGAGGAUCCGAGAGAGUGGGAGGAGGGCAGGAGGGGAUUCGAUGCGAGGGGGAGUAACAGGGAAAGGGUUGACUCUGGGGAUGCUAUUCGCAAAACGAGCUCGUAUGAGAGGAGUGGGGCACGGAGCGAGGAAUCAGGGGUGGGUGCCACUGCCAGGGUAGGAGGAUCAGAGGUAGGGGCAGGGGAGGAAUUGGGGGGAGGGGAGCGCCCCCUCUUUCUCCUGUGGGUUCUGUAG